AUGAAGUUCGUCCAAACUUCUCAGAUCCUUGGGCUAGCACUGGCCGCCAGCUCGCUAUGCCCCGCUACGCCUCUGAACAUAUCAAACAGGCUCCAACCGUCAGAAUCACCAGCCGAACAGCCGGCCGUCCCCAUCUCGGAGUGGGAAGUCGGCAGCUCUGCAUUAUACGCGCGCUCCGUCGACGAUUCAGAAACAUGUCCCAAAGGAACAGGCUUUGACUGCGUCGACGCCGUGGUCGGGGUGUGCUGCUCUCGCGGGAAGAGGCUCUGCGGCGGGAUGUGCGUUACGGGGGAGUGCUGUGGUGCGCUGGGCGGGUGUAGCAGGGAUGAGCGGUGUUGGUUGGGGCGGUGUUAUCCGCGGGAGAGGUUCGAGGGCGGAGGUGGAGCGGUGGUUUCUUCGGGCGCCGGAGCGUUGCCGCUGCCGCCGGUGACGAUGGGGGCGGGGGCGGGGGCGGGGGAGAUGGGGGAGAGUCCGGAGAGGAGAGGGGGUAGGAGGAGGGAUUCGGCGUUUGGGUUUGUGGUUUUGGUUGCUGUUUGGAUUAUUGAUGAGGUUUGGGGGGAUCCGUGA